UGCACAUUAUAUAAAGCCAAUGAACUAGAAGGUGACCUGUGCCAACCCCUUUGCCAUGAUGAGCUUGUGACAGUUCACAACUGUCUGAACUACAGACAUGGCAAAUUUGUCCUUCAGGCAGACUGUUCUAAUAUAUGUGUUCCCAGAGUGACAGUCCCCGCUGUUCUGAAAAUGAGCCGCAUGAAUGUAUCCAGUGUUAGAGAUUAUAUGAAAUCCCUGGAUGAUGAACUUCUGCACCUUCUUGAUCUCAAACACAAUGGCAUGGGGUCACCAAGAAUCCAGGAUUACAUUAUCACAGCUGAAAGUCUUUCUACAACUUCUGCAGAUCUCCUCAAAACAGAAUACGGAUUUCAUGCAAGGGAGAAUCAAGAUGUCCUCAGCCUUAUCUGGGGAGGCGAGUAUGCUGAUAAAUUCAGAGGCACUAAAACAAAUCUCUUGUUUGCGAGAUCCUUCUGGUCAGCAGCUAAGCAAAAUGAAUUGAGAAUCGCAAGAGUCUUUCAAGAAUGGCAUGUAUUCCCCAAAAUCUUUGCAGCAUGUGGACCGCUAUAUAUUGCAGAGUACAUUCCCAGUCUCAAAUCCAUAGAUACAAUUUUUGCAUUUUUAAGCACUGAAUUUCCUUCCUGGAAACAAAGAGCCACCUUGGCCAAGGAAAUACUAAACUUUGUGCAAAAAACUGACUCAAUGGAGCUGCCGCUUCAGCUUUGUGAUAUCAAAUCCCCACAUUUUGGUUUCACCCCUGCCAAUGCUGUCAGAUUUAUAGAUGCAGAUGCAGUGAUUACAGAUGAUGCUUUGGGCCACAGUAUGAGCAUGAGACAGUGCUUGAAGCAUGAAGACUGUAGCAUCUUCGACUGCGAAGGAUGGUGCAAUGAAAACACUGGUCGAUGUGCAGCUGUAAGAACUAAUAACAACUUGCAGGUAAGGGAGCAUGAGAAAAUUAUCAUUUGCUUAUAACCUAACGUUUGUCUAACCCUAACCUCUUCAGAAUAACCCUGACCACUGCACUUUCCUUUGCUGAACCUCUUUUCCAUAAUGAAAAAAAAAAAACCCACUGUUAGUGAGUGGGUGUAGUGUUAAAGGGGUAAAAGAAAAUGCUGCUGUUAAAUUUUUUGGGUACCGCAACAGUAGCAGCAGUAGUAGACACAGCACCAUCUGUAGUAGUAGACGCAGCUUCAUCUGUAGUAGUAGUAGACUGUGUCAUCUGUAGUAUGUAGUAGUAGACAGUGUCAUCUGGAGUAGUAGAUGCAGCUUCAUCUGUAGUAGUAGACAGUGUCAUCUGUAGUAUGUAGUAGUAGACACAGCACCAUCUGUAGUAGUAGACGCAGCUUCAUCUUUAGUAGUAGACAGUGUCAUCUGUAGUAUGUAGUAGUAGACACAGCACCAUCUGUAGUAGUAGACGCAGCUUCAUCUUUAGUAGUAGACAGUGUCAUCUGUAGUAUGUAGUAGUAGACACAGUGUCAUCUGUCGUAUGUAGUAGUAGUAGACACAGUGUCAUCAGUAGUAGUAGAUGCAGCUUCAUCUGUAGUAGCAGACACACCAUCUGUAGUAGUAGACACAGUGUCAUCUGUAGUAUGUAGUAGUAGUAGUGCAGUGUCAUCUGUAGCAUAUAAUAGUUGACACAGCGUCAUCAGUAGUAGUAGACAUAACAUCAUCUGGCAUAUUUCUGUUAGUUGCUUCCAUGAAACCGUUGUCUUUCUGGGGCUCUCUUACUUUUGAGGUUAUUUCUUCUGUGUUAUUCCUGAUCUGAGUUAAAUACAUUCAAAUAUUUAUUAAAUUCAUACUCACCCUUUCUCUUGUUUAUUUUUCUUCUUCUUCAAAAGCUCUCACUUUUUUUUUUCACAUCCCUUAUCACUAAUGUCAAAUUCAAUGUCAUCUAAAGCCAUCCAUAUUUUCUCAUGUGUAAUUUUGUAGUAUUAUGUUUGGAAAAAUGAUUAUUUCAACUUGCUUAAAGUUCAGAUUGUGUGUUUAAGAUUGUCUGUUAAAGGAUGUCCGUAUAGGAAUAUAAAAUUAUGCCCUUGGGUUACUUCAAGUUGGACAAUCCUGGUUUAAACUCUUGAUUAUAACAUGUUUUCACGUUAGCGCCACUGAUUAUGAUGAUGUUUUCAUGGUAAUAUAUAUAUUUUAAAAAUUGAUCCUUUUCAGACUGUUUGUGCCAAAGUGUUUAGGGGCAGCAUCAUUUCGACCUUUGGUGGACUGUUAUCUUCACCGCCACAAAAAGUAGCGGAAAAGCUUCCUAUGCUGAUUAACCAAUGCGCCGAUGACAUUACAGGCUCUAGAGGAGAUAUAUCUCUGAGACAUCCUACUCAGGAGACACUGGUAACACUGCAGCAGUAUUUGAUUGAAAGUUUGGGCUCAUAGAUAAUGUAAGGAAACUAAUUUCAAGAAUUAGAAACUGUCAACGGAGGAUACAAAAAGACCCAACAUACAAGCUUUCAUGGUUUACAUGACAUGUCCUAAUUAAAACAGGACAUUGCAAAAUCAAAUUCCUGUAUAUUCUAUUUUUUAAAAUGAUAUAAAUGUUUGUCAUUUUAUGGGAUAUUAUUUGCCCUUUUGGCAUUAUGUGUGUGAUAUUAAACAAUUUUGUUGGACACAUUCCAUGUGGGGUUUGCUUCACAAUAUAAUCAAAGACGGGACAAUUUACAUCUUCUGUAUAAUAAAAAUGCAUGAGCUUUUGCCCUUUAUAAUAGGAGCAAAUGUGGGAACAUUUACUCUUCACCCUAGACUUAUAUUCAAUUGGUGUAUUUUAGUUUAACAGAGUUGCCAGCCCUUGGAGAAGGCCUUCUGUAUCUUGAAUGUUUUAUUCCUAUUUUUAUAGGUUCCUAAUUAAUUCACUAGUUUUUCCUGAGCUCCCCAAACAGCUUUAUUAAAUAUUGACUUAAGAAAAGUGAACAGACAUUGCCAGUAUGGGAAUCAAACCCACAAUAGAGACAAUAGUAAGCACACCAACCAGAACCAACCACAGAAGAAUUUAAGACAUUUUCAAAGGGCAAGCUAUUUCAAAGGGCAAGCUACUCUAUUUUACCUACAUUUGAAUAUUACCUAUACCAUAUAUGGUAGUAUCUGUGAAACAAGUUAUAUGUUCUGUUACCAUUACUCAUCUUAUCAUAUUUUCCGUUUUAUCACUCAGUUAUUUUGAGUACUAUACUUUGAUUGCAUAGAAAUCCACUUUAGUUACAUUAAUGAAUGCGCACGCAAUAAAUGCAACAACCGAAACAAACCAAGUCGAUCCCUUGUGGUUGAAAAAGAAAGUUUUUGUAUACAACCGGUUAAACCUUGAUAGAGAUCCAGAAAUCAGUAAAGGGAAGACAAUUUUAUUAAAUUUAUCUGCGUUUAAAUAUAUGCUAUAAGUUGUUAUACAACUGAUAGAAUCAGCUUUCUAAGACCUAUAUGUGGUCAGCUUUUUAGGGUUAUGAAAUCCUGAGCAAAUGUAAUCCUUAAAGUGUUAGAUGACCACUCCACUGUUCAAGCAGUCAGAUAAUUUCCCAUAAUGCAUUUUGGGAUGAUUUGAUUGAAAACAGGGAAUAUGCUUCUAAAUGCUGCCAGUCACAAAAUUCCACUUAUAAUUGUACACCAAAUGAAAAACAUUUAAAUUUAUGUAAUUCCACAUAGGAUGCAAUUUUUGGCCUUUCCAUUGAUUAUCACUUAACAGUCUUUCAUAUUUCUCCUUAUUACAGCUCAGCUGUUAAAGUUAAAGCUGAUUUGUGCUUGAGCUUCAUUAUUUUUAUAAAUGUUUACUAAAUUCAUAUGGGCAAUGUUUUGGUUUAGUGAUUUACUUAGGGCAUUGAAUUUAAAUGCUUUUAUCUUAUUUGUGGAAUUUCCGGAUCCUUGUUUUAUCUUUUAUGUACAUGUUUUAAGUGAAAUUUUAAAUCAGAAGUGAAAAAUAUGAUAUUUGCUUCAUAUCUGUUCAAUAUCUGUUAAUUAAGACUCCAUUGAAUAGUAUGAAGGAAAUAAUUGCCCACUGUCAAAUUAAGUAGAGACAGAUAGUUUUACUUAAAAUACAGUUUUCAUUGAAAUACAAUCUUGUUAAAUUUUUAGAAACUGCCAAUUUUAAUAAAACCUUUCUUCCAUGACUUUCUUAGGCAUGCCAUAGUUUGUCCGCUUGUUCCAUUUCCCUUUCACCUUAUUAUUUUUAUAUAAAAUAUGCCAUCAUUUUUACUUUAAUGGUUUUAAAGAUUCUUUGACAUGUCAGCUUAUGUACAUUACAUUCCUGAAUAAAUUAGAAUUCCUAAUGCAGUAUUCCUAAAGGGGUCAACAUGCAUAUGUAUUGAUUUUUUAUACUUUUUAUUGCUUUUGCAUAAUGGUAUUACUUUUUUGUAACAAUAAAAAAAUUAUUUG